AUGUCUGGUCUCAUCAACAAGGUCAAGGAAGCUAUCCACUCCGACAAGGACAAGAAGCACGACUCUACCACCCACGGCACUCACGACACCCACAACACCCACAACACUCACGACACCCACAACACUCACAGCACCCACUCUUCUGGCCUUCCCGAGGGAGCUACUGGUCCCCACAGCAGCCGUGCUGCUAACGCUGCCGACCCCCGUGUCGACUCUGACUUGGAUAGCUCUCGACGCACCGGAGCUGGCCACACCACCGGUGGUCUAGGUUCUACCACCGGCACUGCUGGCCACACCACCGGCCACACCACCGGCGGAAUUGGAUCUCACUCUGAAAACAUGCCUGGCCACUCUACUGGCCUUGGCUCCACUGGCCACUCCUCUGGCCUUCCUGAGGGCAGCGUCGGCCCCCACAGCAGCCGUGCUGCCAACGCCGCCGACCCCCGAGUUGACUCUGACUUGGAUAGCUCUCGACGCACCGGAGCUGGCCACACCACUGGUGGUCUAGGCUCUACCACCGGCACUGCUGGUUACACCACUGGCCACACCACCGGCGGAAUUGGAUCUCACUCUGAGAACAUGCCCGGACGUACCGCUGGCAUGACUGGAACCGGCAUGACCGGAACUGGCAUGACCGGAACCGGCCGCCACUCCGAGAACAUGCCCGGUCACUCCACCGGACUUGGCUCCACCGGCCACUCCUCUGGCCUUCCCGAGGGAGCUACUGGUCCCCACAGCAGCCGUGCUGCUAACGCUGCCGACCCCCGUGUCGACUCUGACCUUGACAGCUCUCGCCGCUCUGGAGGUCUUGGUGGUAACACCUACGACCAGACCACCACUGGUACUUCUGGCUUUUCCAGCCACGGUGCCGGUGCUCACGGUCCUACCGGCACCCACACUGGUACUCACAGCUCUGGCAUGACCGGUGCUCACUCUGGUUCUCACAUGGCUGGCAACACCGCCUAUGACAGCACCAACCCCGGACCUGCUCCCAAGACUGCUGGUCCCCACAAGUCUGACAUGCUGAACAAGGCCGACCCUCGCGUCGACUCCAACCUUGACGGCAGCAAGACUGUCGGAAAGGAGAAGACCUUUGAGACUUCCGAUCCCAACUUUGCCGGCCGUGACCCUACCGAUGCGACUCAAGUCCCCCCUUCCAUCAUGCAGAAGCAUGUCCCUACUGAGAUCGCUCACGACAACCCUGAGUCCGACCAUGGUCGUCGACACAGCAGCACAACCAAGGAACAUCACCAUGGCCUGUAA